AUGUUAUUUUUUUCAUUUUAUAAAACCCUUGUAGGUAAAGAAAUUACAGUAGAAUUAAAGAAUGACCUCUCAAUUACAGGUUUAUUACAGUCAGUUGAUCAGUUUCUCAACAUUAAAUUAAAAGAUAUUAAAGUAAAUGAAGAAGAAAAGUAUCCAUAUAUGAUUUCAGUUAAAAAUUGUUUCAUUAGAGGUUCAGUAGUUAGAUAUGUACAUUUACCAGCAGAUGAUGUUGACGUCGAAACUUUACAAGAUCACUCUAGAUUAGAAGCAAGAGAACAAAAGAAACAAAAUAAACAACAUAUAGAACAACAAAAACAACAACAAACCCAAACAACUGCUCAAUAA